UGUGGUCUUUCUGGUAAUCACUGCUGAUGUUAGCAUUUGUAUGGGGGGUUCUAUGCUGCAGUUUAUUGUAUUUGGGAUGAAGCAAGGUUUUAAAUUUCGAUUCUCGUCACAGUUUCAUCGUGUUACUUGGUAUUGCGGAAAAUUCUAGAUAGAUGCGGCUAAUGCAGCUGGAAUUGUGGUCACUAUGCUGUUGCGAAGAGCCGUAGUUUUUGCCACAAUCCUUGAUAUUGCAGAAAAUGGCAAUUGUAGAAAAAUGCAACUGAUGCGGCUGCAAUUGCAGUCACGAUGCUGUCACAGAGAGCCCAAUGACCUUAACUUUGCGGCUGAAAAGCACGGUCACAGACCGCUUUUUAAAACCUUGGGGUGAAGAGAUUUCUUAUGUCAUGUAUGCAUGGGAUCUGUGUGAUUCAGUCCAGGGCAUAUAUUGGGAGAUUAAAUGGGUCAAUCCAAUGAUCUCACAAAAGAAGAUUGCAAGGAAACAAGUUCAGUGGUUGUUUGCUUCGGGGAAAUGUUAAUAGACUUUGUUCCAAUGGUGGGAGGAGUGUCACUGGCUGAAGCACCCGCUUUCAAGAAAGCUCCUGGUGGUGCUCCUGCCAAUGUGGCUGUUGGUAUCUCUAGACUAGGAAGUUCAUCUGCUUUCAUAGGCAAGGUUGGAGCAGAUGAAUUUGGGUACAUGUUGGCUGACAUUUUAAAGCAGAACAAUGUUGAGACUUCUGGCAUGCGGUUUGACUCUAAUGCAAGAACUGCAUUAGCUUUUGUUACACUUAGAGCGGAUGGCGAACGUGAGUUCUUGUUUUUCCGCAAUCCAAGCGCUGAUAUGCUCCUUCAAGAGUCAGAACUUGAUAAAGAUCUCCUAAAGAAGGCUAGAAUAUUCCAUUAUGGCUCCAUCAGCUUGAUUGAUGAGCCAUGCAAGUCAGCUCACCUUGCUGCUAUGAGCAUUGCCAAAAACUCUGGUUGCAUUCUAUCAUAUGAUCCAAAUUUGAGAUUGGCUCUAUGGCCUUCUGCAGACGCCGCUCGGAAAGGCAUAAUGGAUAUAUGGGAUCAAGCUGAUGUCAUAAAGAUAAGUGAGGAUGAGAUUACAUUUUUGACUGGUGGUGAUGAUCCCUAUGAUGAUAAUGUAGUUUUGAAGAAACUUUUUCACCCAAAUCUCAAGCUUUUAAUCGUUACUGAAGGUUCACAGGGUUGCAGAUAUUACACCAAGGCAUUUAAAGGCAGGGUUUCAGGUGUUAAAGUUAAACCUGUAGACACAACUGGAGCUGGCGAUGCAUUUGUUAGUGGGAUUUUACACUGCAUAGCUUCUGACCAAACUAUUUUUCAGGAUGAGAAACGUCUUCGAAAGGCUUUAUAUUUUGCCAAUGUAUGUGGUGCCCUCACUGUAACUCAGAGAGGUGCAAUUCCUGCACUACCUACAAAGGAAGCUAUCUUGCAAUUCUUACUAGAAGCAGCUGUAAUUUAAAAGUAUUGACAGAUUUUUGUUAUAAUUUGUUGUUAAGCUAUAGCUUAGGUGAUGCUGUAUUCUUUUUUCCUUUUUUAAUUAAAAUUUUUGGCUAUGUAAUUUUCUUAUAUAAAUUCAAGUUUUCCUUUGCUCUCAAGUUUUGGGAUGUGUAA